AUGAAUAACUUCCAGAAAGAGUUUUUAAUGAAUAUGUUUUUGGACAGUGACAAUGAUUGCAACAUGAAUAGAUUAGUUGUAGCUGUAGCAAAUAUUGUAAACGAAAAUUGUGAAAAUAUGAUCAAUUUGAGUAAUGUACAACAAGAAGCUGCACAGUCCUCUUUAACAGAUUUUCGUCAAUAUUUUGGGGCUCUGCCUCUGCCUCGUCGUGUUAAUGGAUUCUAUGAACAGGCAAUCCUCAAUUUCACAGAAGAAGAUUACAUUGGAAAAUUUAAAAUGAAGAAGACUACUGUCCAGGCAUUAAUCAAAUUCCUAAAGAAUCAUGUGAGUCCUGGCAACAUUCCUCUUGAGAAAAAAGUUCAUAUAUUUCUGUAUGUGCUUGUCAGUGAUAGUUCCUGUAAUGAAAUUGCCAAACUGUUUGGUAUACAUAGGUCUUCAGUAAGUUAUAUUUUUCAAGAAAUAGCCACCCACCUAAAUGAAAACAUAUAUCAAUUUAUCAGCUGGCCUUCAAAAGAGGAACAGCAUGUCACAAGGAUAAAGGUGAAUAGUCGGUUUAAGUUUCCAAACUGCGUUGGCUUCAUUGAUGCUUGUCGAUUUAAAGUUGGUUCAAAGAGAAACAAAAGAGAUAAACCAGAUAUUGUUCUCUUACAAGCAGUCUGUGAUGAAACAUUGAUGUUUAUAGAUAUUUAUAUUAGUCCAAUUGGGCGAACCAAGAAAAACAAAGUAUUCAAAGACAGUCAAUUGGUGAAUGAGUUAAAGAAAUUUGUCGAAUUUGAGAAUCAUAUCAUAGGAGACUCUGAAUACAGAUUACGAAAAAAUCUUAUUACGCCUUUUACAAGUGAAGAGUUACUUACAAGUGAAGAGAUGAAGUUUAAUGAGAUCCAUUGGAGAACUCGCAGCUACAUUGUCCAUGCUUUUGAACUGAUGAAAGAAAAAUUUAGAAAGUUAAAUCACAUUGAUAUUGUAAAACCUGAAUCAGUUCACCUUCUGAUAUCUGUUGCAUGUAUUCUUCACAAUUUUAUUUUGAUGCAUGAAGGAUAUUCUGAAGUAAAGGAGGAAAUGGUUUCGUAUGAUGAUGGUGUUACAAUCAAUACUAGUAUAGUACAAACUGCUGAAGAGAAACGUCAAUUCUUAUGUAAUUAUAUAAAUUUUAUUGAAACAGAAGAUGUGAUAAGUUAA